AUGUAUUCGGAGACAGACAUUGGCGCAAAAAUUAAUUUUUCAGCAAUAGCAGCAGCAAUUACCGUAUUCGUGCUGUAUGACAACAUGCGGUCACUAGGUGAAGAGAAGGUCACUCGUGGAUACUUCCUCAGCGAACCACAAUUGGGACAUCAGAAGAUACUGGUCCCAAUCGAGUUGCGUCAGGUGCGAGAUAUGAGCGACGACGAGACCGAGAACGCCUCAAUAGGCGUACAGACGAGCGGCACGCGAACGCAGCAGAGCCUUCACGAUAGAUCCAACAAGAUAAAAGACACUUCAGAAAACGCCCCUGUGGCUGUAUACGAAACUGUUGAAGCAACUGAGCGCCUCUUAAAUCUU